AUGGACUUCGAGCUCGCCGCGUGGCAGAUGAGCUAUCUUUGUAUCGCCCCACGAAGAGUCUAUCGAAACGUAUACAACCACAGACAGACUAGAAACACAUGGGCAAGAUAUGACCAAGCGAUUGUGAUCCUGCUGAUAGGAUCGAUGGCCUCCGUCGGCUUCCUCUUGAACGCGCUCUAUCUACGCUCCUGGAGUCCGAUCAGCUGGCUCGGAUUGGUCUCCCGGUUCAUCUUGCAAUACGCAUUCGACAUCCAUACGAACUCAUUCUUCCCCCUCUUCCUCAACCUCUACGUCUUCCAACUCAUUCUGGCUCCCUUGGUUCUGCGCCACAAUCGGGUCUCCUUCCGGAUCGGCAGCACACUGUACGUAAUUGCAGUUAAGUCAUCUCGCCCCUUUCCAGUCAAGCUGCUCAACCGCCUCGUUUCUUUUAAAAUUUAA